AUGCCCAAACGCUCGCGCGGCCGGGCCGCUGCGCAGAGCAGGCUGCGUCGCGCCGUCUGGCCGCCGGCCCGCGCCGGGAUUGGGUCGUCCGAGGCUCGGCAGCCUUCAUACAUGCCUGGCAAGCAGGGCGCCCUGGGGGCUGCAUCCUCCGCCAGUUCCCAUCGUGCGCAGUGGCCGGGGCGCUCAGACCGCGGCGCCGGGCGCACAGCCGCGGGGCUCUGGGGUCGCGGGGAGCGCGCGAAGGGACGACGGCGGGCCCUACCUGCCGGGCCUUCCCUGUCCGCGCCUGGCCCCUGCGCCGCUCCGACUGCUCGGGGAACGGCUCCAGGGGCGCUGGGAGCCCUGGGGGAAGGUUUCCUCGUCCUCAACCCCAGCCCUCUGGAUGCCUCCGCUUUGGCCUCUCCCCAGAGUGGCCGCCACACGCACCCGCUCGUCCCACCUAGCUCGCAGCUUGGGCCCCCACUGGGCCGGGCUCCGGAGAAGGGUCCUCUGGACGCAGCUGCCGAGGAGGCCUCGACGCGGGCCGCCCGCGCGGGUGGGGACCGCUCCUCCCCGGCUCUCGUUUCCAACAGGGUACCUGGCAGAGAUGCGGCCCCUGGGAGGACGGAUUGGGCCCAGACUCGCAACCCGAAGGUAAGAGCGGGAAUGAACAGCAUUUCUGCUCCGCUGCGAAGCCGGCCGCCUCGGCGCCUCAGAGGGUCGGGGCGAGCCCGGGAAGGAGGGAAGGGGCGCCUCCGGGUGAAGUUUCUCCUUGAAGCCGACAAGCGGCGCUGCUGCCGCGCCCUGGGACCUGGGACCCCCAGGCCAGGCUCCAGGUGGAGGGAGUCGGAGCUCCUGGGGAAGGCGGGGGGCGCCUGGCCCGGGGCUCGGCUCCGGGCGCUGCCCACUGAUUCCGGGAAGCCCCCCGAGAGCGGGCCAAAGAGCGGCCGCGCUAGCCCCAGUCAGAAUCGACACCCCUCAGGCCGCGGUACCUGCCGCGACACUUCUCCCGGGCUCCAGAGGCAGUCGGGCUGCUUGGCUGCGGCAGGAGACUGCAGUGACGAGUCACUGUCGCGGCAACCGGUCGAAGCGAACUACAGCCUCGGCAGUUGGCCAGGCGGCGGCGCCGGCGGCGCCAACGACCAGGAUCGCGUGAAGCGGCCCAUGAAUGCCUUUAUGGUGUGGUCCCGCGGGCAACGACGCAAGAUGGCCCUGGAGAACCCCAAGAUGCACAACUCGGAGAUCAGCAAGCGCCUGGGUGCCGACUGGAAGCUGCUCACGGACGCCGAGAAGAGGCCAUUCAUCGACGAGGCCAAGCGUCUGCGCGCAGUGCACAUGAAGGAGUACCCGGACUACAAGUACCGGCCGCGCCGCAAGACCAAGACGCUGCUCAAGAAGGACAAGUACUCGAUGCCCGGCGGCCUGCUGCCCCCCGGUGCCGCUGCCGCCGCGGCCAGCAGCCCGGUGGGCGUGGGGCAGCGCCUGGACACGUAUGCGCACGUGAACGGCUGGGCCAACGGCGCGUACUCGCUGGUGCAGGAGCAGCUGGGCUACGCACAGCCCCCGGGCAUGAGCAGCCCGCCGCCGCCGCCCGCGCUGCCGCAGAUGCACCGCUACGACAUGGCCGGCUUGCACCCCAUGGGAUCCGUGGUGAAGUCGGAGCCCAGCUCGCCGCCGCCCGCCAUCGCGUCGCACUCACAGCGCGCUUGCCUCGGCGACCUGCGCGACAUGAUCAGUAUGUACCUGCCGCCCGGCGGGGAUGCGGCCGACGCCUCGUCGCCGCUGUCCGGCGGCCGCCUGCACGGUGUGCACCAGCACUACCAGGGCGCCGGGACUGCGGUCAACGGCACGGUGCCGCUGACCCACAUCUGA